AAAAGCAGCAUUCUUUUUUGGAUUCCCCACCCUGUCCUUUCUAGGAUAUGAAGCUUAUCACAGAGUGCAGAGUCCAGCUGUGCUGCACGCUUUAGAAAAAGUGGAUGUUUUAGAGCAGGCAGACUAUCUAUACAGCUGUGCAGAAAUGGAGAAACUCCACCAGCUGCUGCUGCAGUACAAAAACAGUGAUGAUGCACAGAUCCUUUGGAGGUUGGCCCGUGUGUCACGGGAACUGUCACUGCUGCCCACCACCGAUCCUGAUGAGAAGAAGAAGUUGAUCUUUGAGGCCUUCGACUAUGCAAAGAAGGCGCUGGAGAAAGAUGACAAAUAUUUUGCAGUACACAAAUGGUAUGCAGUGUGCCUCAGUGAUAUCGGCGACUACAGUGGAAUCAAAGUGAAAAUUGGAAAUUCAUACAUCAUCCGAGAACAUGUAGAGAAAGCUCUUGAGCUGAAUCCCAAAGAUGCCAUUUCCUUAUACAUCUUGGGAUAUUGGUGCUUUACUUUUGCUGAGCUGCCAUGGUACCAACAGAAGGUCGCAGCUUUAAUCUUCACAUCACCACCACAGUCCACUUAUGAGGAGGCGAUGCAGUUCUUUCUCAAAGCUGAAGAAGUUGAUCCCAACUUCUACAGUAAAAACCUGCUGAUGCUCGGGAAGACCUACAUGGCCUUAAAUGACCAGCAGAAUGCUCGGCUCUGGCUGACCAAAGCUAAAGAAUAUCCUGCUCGCACCUGGGAAGAUAAAGAGGCCCACAAGGAAGCCGUGGACCUGCUGAAGAAGCUUGGGUGAAGACUUCAUUUUUGCUGAAUGGAAUGUGGCUGCCUUUCUGACAAUGUUCAAGCUGAAUUCAUUCUUUGUCUCUCAAAGGGCAAUUUAUGC